CCACAGUCAUUAGAGAUGCCUGUUGAGGGAGAAAGCAAAGCGCAUUUGAUUUAAUAUUAUGAUACAUUCAGUAAAAAAACACCUUCCUGUCAUUCUGUCUUGUCAAGAUUGGUCCUCACCAACAUCCCAGGAGGUUUUUGACAGGAGCAAUUUUAGGCCCACAGUGAGAAAUGAGAAAUAUGAUGCACAAAUAAGGAGUAUAAGUGUGGCAAAGAUAAACAACAGAGAGACUGACACAACAAACAGCCAAAACACACACACAGAGCUGCUUUAUGACAUAAAACAUGAACAACAAGAGUUGAGUAAGUCGAGUGCUUUGUACAAUACUUUUUUCAUCAUGGAUAGAGCUUUAUAGAACCAGAGAGCUGAAGUCUUCAUUUCCUCCCACACACAAUGUAAAUACACUUUUAUUUGCUCCUGAACAAUCAUCUCCAAUUACAGCCAUUUUGUCCUGAGCAGCAGAGUUGCGUUAGAGGAUGUGUGUUAGUAUUCAAUGUAAAGGUGCGGCAUCGCUAAUGGUGGCGAGUUAGAACGUGUCAUUCCUCCACACUGAGUUCAUUUCAUUCUGACUGAGAGGAGAAGAACUUUGUGAAAAACUAUGUGACUGUGUGGAAAAAUGACUCACUAACUCAGCAGUGAGCAAAAUACCCCGUCUUACAAAUAUAAAAAGGUGAUAAGUGUGUCAGGUGAUUACACAGAGUGACACCCCUAGAUCCGAUCUCCAUUUGAGCUGAUAUGUUUCACACACAUCAUUGAUUGAGAAGACGCAUGUGAAAUGCAGUUGCAGGUGUAUGACCAAGAUGGAUUAUUAACUCUGUCAUGCAUUAUCCCCCUCCCAAAAAAAGAGAAAGUAAAAGUCAACAGAUUAAACACACACAUUGUCCAAUCAAAGAACAAAUUACACAAAAGGACCAAUGACAGAACCAUACUUUUUUUUGUUUGAAUUAAAUAGUUACAAGAUUCUGUUUAUUGUGUAGUGGUAUUUGCUCUACAACCUUGGGUGAUUUAAGAGGUUCUGUCUGAGACCCAGAAAUCUAGCGUUGUUCUACACCUUUACUAUCGAAAGCAUCCUGAGCGGUAGCAUCACAUACUGGUUUGGGAAGUGCACUGCUCACAACCACAAAACCCUGCAGUGUGUAGUGUGAGCUACUCAGCCUAUCACUGGAGAUGAGCCUACCUCCCUCCAGGAUAUUUGAGGAAGGGUCUGAGAAUCAUAAAACACUACAACAACCCAAACCACAACCACCAGAACCACAGCCACUCAAACUACAACCACAACAACCCAAGCCACAGCCACCCGAACCACAACAACCCAAACCCCAGCCAUCUGAACCACAAUCACUGAAACCACAAUCACCCGAACCACAAUCACCCAAACCACAACCACCCGAACCCCAGCCAACCGAACCACAGCAACCCAAACUCCAGCCACCUGAACCACAACAACCCGAACCACAAUAACCCAACAACCAAACCCCAGCCACCUGAACUACAACAACCCGAACCACAACCACCUGAACCCCAGCCAUCCAAACCACGACAAUCCAAACCCCAUCCACCUGAACCCCAGAAAUUACCAGAAAUUACCAAUGCAGCUGCUGAUCUUUUUUUAAGUGUGUGUGUAAUAAUUAAUAAUCAUACCUAUUAUGCCAUCAGUGAGACCUUGUGAUAUAAUAUGUAACUUAACACUAAUAGAUUAAUUGUCCAAAUAUUGAUAGAUUAUAUGUUUUUAAGCCCAAACACCAAUACCAGCGUCACUGCAGGGAACAAAAGCCCAAAAGCCCAUGACAUGCGGGUUUGAUGCAGUGUUUAAGCAUGAUGUAGAACUCGCCAUUGACGUGUUUAGGGUUUUGGGUUUUUUUUUUUUUUUGAUUGCAUAGACAUUUAAAUGUGAAACAAACUCAUGGACAUGAUGUGAAAACAAGUGAGAGAAACAGAGGGACGAAGAAAUGGACAGAGGAGGUUAAAGAAACAAAUACUCACUGAUGUGGAGCAGUGAAGUUUCCUCAUAGGAACACAAGGAUUAAAUCUCUGUUUCAGGAAUGAUACUGUCUCACAUUGUCAUCUUCUCUCUCUUUAGCUGUCUUUAGUUUCUCUCUCUCUCUUUCUGUAUAUCUGUCUGUUUAAAUGUCUCCUCCUCUGUCUCUCUAAUCUGUUCCCUCCAGUGUGUCUUCAGUUUGUCUUCUUGUUCUUAUAUAAAGAGAAAAUAUUUCCAUCACACAGGCCACAACAUGCUGAGAGAGAGAGAGAGAGAGAGGUAUUAGUCAGUCAGUCCUCCAUGCUCUUUCUCCAUUGUCACGGCAUUUUUAUUGGAAUUUUAUUCUCUCUUUAUUUUGAUCCCUUUUUAUUUUUAGUUGUUUUAUUGAGUGUUUAAUCAUCAGCAGAUGAACUACCUGAACUCAUAGUGUUUUCACAUUCCCUUAAAAAUUACAUUCACAUUUUAAAUGCUGAAUAUAAUUCAGUAUUUCAUUGUGUUUCAAUGUGUUUUAAUGAGUCUAUAAUGUUAUACUGUCACUAUUUCUUAUGAUCCAAGUAAACAUCCACAUCUAACAAUCUGUGAACUGCACAUGCCAUCCCAGAAUGAUCAUAUUAUGGAAAAUAACGCAACAAAUAAACAUGGAAAGAGGUCA